ACAUUCCUUUUCUGCUUAUUUUCGGACAUGCAGACUUUGUUUAUAUCGGUUAGUUUGCCAUGGAUUUACCGACCGAUUCAUCUUUACGAAAUUUAUUACAAACUACCUCUAAUAAUAAACAAAAUCCGCACAACACAUUGCAACCACAGCAGCCAGCUACAACUCCCAUCGUUGAGCCGAAGGAUGUACAGCAUGAGGUCAAACUGCAAAAUGUCGUAGCUACGGUCUCUGUUGGUUGCGAACUGAAUCUGCAGGAUAUAAAUUUUCGCACACGCAAUUCAGAAUACACUCCCUCCCGCUUUCAUGGUGUUGUAAUGCGCAUGCGUGAACCACGCUGCACAGCGCUAAUUUUUCGAACUGGUAAAAUAAUUUGCACUGGAGCACGCAAUGAGACUGAAGCAAGUUUAGGGGCAAGAAAAUUUGCACGUAUACUUCAAAAGUUAGGAUAUCCUGUGAAGUUUGUAGACUUUAAGUUACAUAAUAUCGUAGCGACUGUGGAUCUGAGAUUCCCUAUACGGCUGGAAAAUUUAAAUCAAAUGCAUGGUCAAUUUAGUUCAUACGAACCGGAACUGUUUCCAGGUCUAAUAUACCGCAUGGUUAAUCCACGUAUGGUGCUUUUAAUAUUUGUGAAUGGAAAAAUUGUAUUCACCGGCGCGAAAGCACGCAAGGAUAUAUUGGAGUGUCUGGACAAAAUAUAUCCCACUUUACUAAGCUUCCGGAAGAAUUAGUGCUGCUAUUUUGUAUAAACGUAUAUUUUGUUAAGGUGUCGUAUUUUAUGUUAGCUGUACUGUCAUAUUGCCUGUAAAAAAUAUUAAGUUAUAUAUAUUUAUAUAGUGACAAGAAGAAAGCAUUAUUAUUAAAAUAAUAAAAAACAA